UGAGGAGGGUUUUGUUUUUAUCAUCAAUAGAAGAGAAAAGAAAAAGAAAAGAAAAGAAAAGAAAAGAAAAUGGGUCGUGGAGCAGAGGAAGAGUACGAUUAUCUGUUCAAGGUUGUGCUGAUCGGGGAUUCGGGUGUUGGAAAAUCGAAUCUUCUGUCCCGAUUCACUCGGAACGAGUUCUGUCUGGAGUCGAAGUCGACGAUUGGCGUGGAAUUCGCUACUCGGACUCUGGAGGUGGAGGGACGAAGCGUGAAAGCUCAGAUAUGGGACACGGCUGGACAGGAACGAUACAGAGCCAUUACCAGUGCCUACUACCGUGGUGCCCUCGGAGCUCUUCUUGUCUACGACGUCACAAAACCAACUACAUUCGAAAACGUCAGCCGGUGGCUCAAGGAGCUCAGGGAUCACGCCGAUGUCAACAUCGUCAUCAUGCUCAUCGGUAACAAGACAGAUCUGAAGCAUCUCAGAGCUGUUGCCACCGAAGAUGCCCAAGGUUAUGCUGAGAAGGAGGGUCUCUCUUUCAUCGAGACAUCUGCUCUUGAAGCUACUAAUGUCGAAAAGGCUUUCCAGACCAUUCUCUCCGAGAUCUACCGCAUAAUCAGUAAGAAAUCACUCUCCUCCACUCCUCACCCUGCAUCUUCCACUGUUAAAGAAGGCAAGACCAUCACAGUUCGCGAAUCCCAAUCCACCACUACAACCACCCCUUGUUGUACUUCCUCCUGAGGAGUACCUUAUCCCACUACACUUCUUCACAAUAUGGAUCUUUCCUGCUCUUGUUUAUCGAUUCUUUCCUCGCUUUAUCAAAACUUCUAAAUAUCUAUAAAGUAACUACACUCCAUCUUCAUUUUUUCAA